CCCGCCUCUCUGUACCCAACAAGCACAAGUCGCGUAAGAGUAAAGUAUUCAAAGCAUCUGAGGUUCCUUUGGAUUGACCAACAAGUCUCCAAGAGUGACUGAGAAUGGAUUACCAGAAUCGCGCAGGUUCCAAGUUUGGCGGCGGAGGUGUCGCCUCGCAGUCUGCGACAAAUGCCGACCGAAGAGAGCGUCUCCGGAAGCUCGCGCUCGAGACGAUCGACCUGGACAAGGACCCAUACUUUUUCAAGAACCACGUCGGUAGCUUCGAGUGCCGGCUCUGUCUGACAGUCCAUCAGAACGAUGGCUCGUAUCUCGCGCAUACACAAGGAAGGAAGCAUCAGACAAACUUGGCGCGCCGUGCGGCAAAGGAGCAGAGAGAAGGCAAGAGGGACGAUGUGGGCCAGCAAGGACUACUUGCCGGAGUGGUGCCCAAGAAGAACGUCAUCAAGAUUGGACGACCCGGGUACCGCAUCACAAAAGUGCGCGACCCGAACACGCGCCAGAACGGACUGCUGUUUCAGUUUCAGUUUCCAGACCUCACACCCGGCAUCACUCCCAAGGUCCGUAUCAUGAGCGCAUACGAGCAGAGGGUGGAAGAGCCCGAUCCAAACUACCAGUACCUCAUCGUCGCUGGCGAGCCGUAUGAGACAGUCGCUGUCAAGCUGCAGUCGCGCGAUAUCGACAGGCGAGAGGGCAAAUUCUGGUUCUGGUUCGACGAAGAUGCAAAGGAAUUCUGGUGCCAGAUCCUCUUCAAGACUGAGCGUGACGAACGUUUCAGUGCUGUCCCUGGACUUGCGCCUGGCCGAAAGUAAUGCCACCGUAGGGUUUAGUGCUUACUAUGAGCGCGGUCCUGAUGCCUUUUCUGGCUCAAUAUAGUUUACAGUUUAGGGCGAGUGGGCUGUAACCCGGUGCAUACGAUACCAGCAAUCAAGGGAUUUGGAAUUGAGGGUGUUUGAUGGCGUUUGAUGGCGUUUGGCAGCAUGAACAACAGUUUAGACAGGAUCCAGCUCGUGUAGGUAGUCCUGAGCUAUUAGAUGAUGAAUGUAACUCUGAC